AUGGGUAAUUAGGAAAGAUGGCCGCGCCCAUACACAUAAUGCAAAGUGAUUGCAUUUGUUGCUGUGAAGAGUCAAAAUGUCAGGAAUAUGGAGCAAAGGUGUGAAACGUGGUUUAAUAUACAUGUCACUGCAUAAGUUAUGAAACGGCUAGUCGCUGCAUGGUGCUAGGUGAACUCAAAUCUCUCAUCUCCAGAAACAUGGUUCUACAAAAACUAUAUGUUACAAGGAAGUUGUGCUGGGCCCUUGUACCUCAUCAUUUGCCAGUUUGGAAAUUCCGAUGUGGUGCAUUGAGCUGUGUAAGAGCAAUAGGUUCGACUCACCAACGAACAGACUCAAUCUUUGUCAAAGCUGCACAUCAUGGAGAUAAAGCAGCACUCGUAGAUAGCCAUGGUGUACAUACAUACAAGGAUUUGCUCAAGCGCAGUGAAGCCACUGCCCAGCGCAUACGCCACGCACUGCGUGAGCAGUUUGACAUUAAAGAAGCCAGGGUGGCAGUGCUUUGCCCACCUGACGUCUCCUAUGUCACAGCGCAGUGGGGAUGUUGGAUGGCAGGAGGAGUGUUUGUUCCCCUACAUCACACCCAUCCAACACCUCAGCUAGCGUACUUCAUCGCUGACAGUCGGUGUUCCAUCGUUCUGACAACAAAGAAGUUCAGCCCUGCUAUAGAGAGCAUCGUGGAGAGUAGAGGACUGCAGAUCCUCCAUCUCGAUGAGGAAGAUCAGGUUGAAGAUGCCGCUGCGUCGGACAUGACGUGUCAGAGGCAGCCGCUCUUAGGUUUAACUGACGAGGAGUAUGCUUCUAGAAGAGCAAUGAUAGUUUACACAAGUGGAACAACAGGUCCGGCGAAAGGUGUUGUGCUGACGCACGCUAAUCUACAGGCAUCGAUGAUGAGCAUGAUACAAACAUGGAAAUGGACAAGGAAUGACGUCUGCUUGCAUGUGUUACCUCUGAAUCAUGUGCACGGUAUCAUCAAUGCUCUCAUGACACCACUGUACUGUGGCGCCACCUGUGUCAUGCUGCCUGAAUUCAAUGCUCCCAAAGUUUGGUUUAAGUUGCUGUCGACUGUAGACACCGAGCACAGAGUGAACGUAUUUCAUGCUGUGCCAACCGUUUAUGCAAAGCUCAUUGAAGACCAUGAGGCCAGGUUCCAAUGUGGAAUCUCCAUUAGGAGGGCUCACGAAUAUAUAAAAGCUAUUUGCUCAGAAAAAGUUAGACUAAUGGUAUGUGGGUCAGCUGCUCUACCUCAGCCAAUCUUGCGCAAGUGGAAAGAUAUUACUGGCCAUACACUUCUGGAGCGAUAUGGAAUGACAGAAGUUGGCAUGGCACUGUCCAACCCUUUACACGGAACCCGAACUCCUGGUUCCGUGGGAAACCCUAUGCCAGGAGUUGAGGUGUGCAUUGCAAGACCCAACUUUUAUUCUGCGAAUGGUUAUGAUGCGAUUUGCCAUGGAGACGACCGAAAAACUGUAGUAGCAGAAGGAAUGAAUCAUGAGGUUGGUGAGCUGUAUGUUAGAGGUCCAGCUGUGUUUAAGGAGUAUUGGGAUAAACCUAGCGAAACCGAAGCAGCUUUCACAAAGGAUGGAUGGUUUAAAACAGGAGACACUGCCCAAUUCGAGAAUGGCAUGUACAAGAUUCUUGGGAGGACGAGCGUAGACAUCAUUAAGAGUGGUGGCUACAAAAUAAGUGCACUGGAUGUGGAGCGAGAUCUAUUGCAGCACGUCAGUAUUGUGGAAGCAGUGGUUGUAGGGUUGCCAGACAUUACGUGGGGACAGCGAGUUGCAGCUCUCUUAGUAAUGAAAGACGGUGUGUGCAUCACGGCCCAUGACUUGAAAGCGUGGGGAAAGAGUGUAAUGGCUUCUUACAGUGUUCCAAGCAUCGUUAAAUGUGUGGAAUCUAUACCACGCAACAACAUGGGGAAAGUUAACAAAAAGCAGAUUCAAAAAGAAUACUUUCCAGAGUACUUUCAGUAAUCAACACUUUUAGCAGAUACGCACACUGUUAAAAAGCUUGGGAGUUUAACAGAAAUUCCCAAUUUUGUAAAAUAAGGAAAUAAACAGAACAUGUGUCUUUUCAAUAGACUA